AUGGUAAACCCCACGGCUUCCACGUCGGAAGAGGAAGAGUUUUCCGCGCUCUCGAUUCAACUUCGACAGGCUGAAGCCCAAUUCUCCGCCCAAGAGCGAGCCAUCCAGGCGUAUUCGGCCGGCAAGGGCAUUGAGGAUCUUUUAGAGAAAUCGCCCGAGCUCAGGGAGGUGUACACCCGGAACGAGAAGCUCAAAUAUCGGAAAAACAUCUUGAUGGCGGCGUUGGAGGCGCAACUCAAGAAAAAUGGUGCUUCCCCGACGGCUGCUCCAAGCAGCGCGAAGAAAGCGAAAACUGCUGCCCCGGCGGCCGCAGCUGAAGAACAAAAAGGCGCACUGAACCCCAAGCUCACCGAGAAGUUCGACUACGUCAAGGUGGAGGACUAUGGGAGCAGCAUGCUGCGCCGGCUAGCCGACUUGUUCAAGGCGGCCAUUGGAAAAGCUUAUCCGGACAUCAAGCUUGACAACAUCGCGCUGAACGAAUGCCAGAAUGCGAAGCUCGGAGAUUACCAGUGCAACUCGGCGAUGGCUAUUGCUAACAAGCUGAAAGCCACCGGCGCCAAGAUCCGCCCAAGCGAAGUGGCCGAGAAAAUCGCUGCCGAGCUGCCAAAGACGGACUUUGUCGAAAGUGUCGACGUCGCCCCGGCUGGCUUCAUCAACAUCCACCUGAAGAAGGACUACAUCCAACAUCGCGUGUUUACUGUGGCGAAAUCGGAAAUGCACGUCGGCCAUCUCCGGUCCACGAUCAUUGGAGACAGCAUUUGCCGUCUGUUGGAGCUCGUCAAUUUUGAUGUCCUGCGCAUCAACCACGUCGGCGACUGGGGCACCCAGUUCGGCAUGCUCAUCGCCCACCUGCGCGACAAGUUCCCGGAUUUCAAGGAAAAGACGCCGCCGAUUGGAGAUCUACAGGCUUUCUACAAGGAAUCGAAAAAGCGCUUCGACGAGGACACCGAAUUCAAAGCCCGCGCCUACGAAUGCGUCGUGAAGCUCCAAUCGUUCGAACCAACGAUCGUCCACGGCUGGCAGCAAAUUUGCGAUGUUAGCCGAAAAUAUUUCAAGAGCGUCUACGAUCGCCUGGACAUCAAACUUAUUGAACGUGGCGAGUCCUUCUACCAGGACAAGAUGCAGGCCGUCGUUGAGGAGCUGGAGAAGAGGAGCGUCCUGAAGGAGGAGGACGGCCGAAAGGUCAUGUUCCCGACUGGGUGCAAUAUCCCAUUGACCGUGGUGAAAAGCGACGGCGGCUUCACCUACGACACUUCCGAUUUGGCGGCCCUGAAGCAGAGGCUCAACGACGAGAAGGGCGACUGGUUGAUCUACGUCAUCGAUUCGGGACAGAGCUUGCAUAUGGAGACCAUCUUCGCCGCCGGCCGCGACCUCGGCUGGUACAAGCCCGAGGAUAAACGUGUCGAGCACGUUGGAUUCGGAUUGGUGCUGGGAGAGGAUAGGAAAAAGUUCAAAACUCGAUCCGGCGAGACGGUUCGACUCGUUGACCUGCUCGACGAGGGCUGCAAGCGAGCUCGCGAGGGGCUGGUCGAGAGGAAGAGGGAUGAACACAUGACCCCAGAAGAGCUGGACGCGGCCGAGAAGAGCGUCGCUUUUGGUUGCGUCAAGUACGCCGAUCUUUCGCACACGAGGACCCAGGAUUACGUCUUCUCCUUCGACCGCAUGCUCGAGACGACCGGCAACACGGCCGUGUAUUUGCUGUACGCGUACACUCGAAUCAAGUCGAUCCUCCGCUCUUCCGGUGCCCAAACUGAAUAUGAAGCGUGGCUCGCGUCGAACGACUCCGUCCCGCUGGACCAUCCGAGCGAGCUCAAGCUGGCCAAGCUCAUCCUCCGCUUCAGUGAUACGUUGUUGCUCGUGUUGGACACGCUGAUGUUGCACCCGAUUUGCGACUACCUCUACCAACUGGCCACGCAAUCGUCCGAUUUCUACAGGGAAUGCUGGGUGAUUGAGACUAAAGGCGAGCGCAAAGUCCACUACAACCGCAUGGCCCUCUGCAUCGCCACCGCCAACGUCAUGAAGACGUGCUUCGACAUCCUGGGCCUCCAUCCCGUCGAGAAGAUG